AGUGCAAAGAGACUAAACAAGGAUAAAAAAUUUUAACAGUGCAGAAUUCACCAUCAUGUCAUUGCCUUGAUUCUAAAUGUCUGUGUCCCAAGAUGCAAAAGAAGUCAGUGGCUUUUAACUGUUUACAAAUAGAAUGUGAUUGUAAAAUGUACAGGUUGGUUGUGUUUGAAUUAUGAAAUUUCAGAUAUUAAUAAAUCAUGACAUUCUGGCUGCUCAGCACUUAUCUGUCUCUCUUUUGUGUUAUUGGGAUGGUGUUUUCUACAAGGAAGAUCUUCUUUGCUCUGGCUACAGUUAGAGCUUUAGGAUCUCCAAGAGGGACCAAGUGACAAAAACAGAAUGCUCACCCAAACUUGAAUGUUUAAUCCCAACUUUAAAAUAGCCACAGUCUCUCCAAAAUAGUGGACAACCACAGAAAACUGCCAUUCCCUCUUCCUUCCCCUCUGAACAGUUUCCAUUCCAAAACCCUCCCAGGUCCCCCCAGCACCGCAAUCCUUCGGGCCCUCCUGGUACCUCAGCAAGACAUUUGCACACAAGGAGAGCAUUCUGAAAAAGAGGUCCCUCGUGUGGAAACAGAGUAGUGCUCAGUGCUUACACCUCCAUUAGACAAGCCUAGCGAACACCACCUCACACUUAACUGGCCUUGACUAGAGUGAGCGUGUCCUGGGUGUAGGCAGACAUACAUACCUGCCUGAUGUCGAUGUGUGUUCUGUGAAAAAAAACAAAAAUCUGGUUCCGUGUUAAACAGCUUAGCUUAGUCAGGCCAAGCCUGUCGCCAAAUUGUCGUUCUACAGACCUCACGCUAGGGUUUGGUUUCAGUGGAUUAAUCGCAGUGUCGAGCGCCCUUCUGUGAAUCAUGCCUGUGUGCCAUCGGCUGGCUUUUCAAACUGUCUGCAUUACUUUCCAUUUGUCAAGUGUUAAGUUCCUGUUGGUUGGACAAUAACAAAAACUUUGCUUCUCGAACCAUUUCAACUGUAAUUACUUCCAUACUGACUGGUUUCCAAACCCUAAACCAACUUUGGACAAAUCCGGGUUCAGAAACACGGGGUGGGGGGGGGUCAGCGGGUUGAUAUUUGGGGUUUUUAAUGGACUCUAAUUGUGAAUUAAUCGUUGCAUUAAUUGUAUUGUUCAAGUGUUUAGGGAGUCUGUCACUGAGCCUGUUAUGUGAAAAAUAAAAUGUAGUUGAUUUUAAGAAUGGCAAA